CGCGAAUACACUUCCACCCCCCAAACCCUACAAGCACACAACAACCCAUCCUUCUGCUAUCCAACAUAUCCACCCUCUCAUCGUCAGACAACAUUGCAUCUCCCCUCCAGACGCCCAAACAACCCACCCAGCCCCUCACCGCGAUUCACCAGCUUACAAACACAACCAUGGACUUGGACGCCUCAGGCUCAGGUGGUUGGCGCUUCGCCCAGUGCUUUGGUGACAAGGGAGACGUAGAAGAUAUCACAGAGGCCGACAUUAUAUCCACCGUCGAGUUCGACUCCACGGGCAACUACCUCGCAACAGGAGACAAGGGCGGCCGCGUCGUCCUCUUCCAGCGCAACGAGUCGAAAAAAGGAUGCGAAUACAAGUUCUACACCGAGUUCCAGUCCCACGAACCCGAGUUCGACUAUCUCAAAUCAUUAGAGAUUGAGGAGAAGAUCAACAAGAUAAAGUGGUGCAAGCGCCAGAACUCCGCCCACUUUCUGCUGUCUACCAAUGACAAGACCAUCAAGCUCUGGAAGGUGUUCGAGAAGACGCUCCGGGUCGUCUCAGAAUCGAAUCACUUUGAGGGCCAGCGGCCCCUCCCAGCGCCGACGUCGUCGGAGCACCUCCGGCUGCCCCGCAUGUCCCUCCAGGACAACAUCAUCGCUGCCAUGCCGCGCAAGGUCUACUCGAACGCGCACACAUACCACAUUCAUUCAAUAUCGAUCAACUCGGACCAGGAGACGUACAUCUCUGCGGACGAUCUCCGGAUUAAUCUAUGGAACCUCGGCAUCAGCGAUCAGAGUUUCAACAUCGUCGAUAUCAAACCCGUGAACAUGGAGGAGCUCACCGAGGUCAUCACCGCGGCCGAGUUCCACCCGCAGCACUGCAAUAUGUUCAUGUACUCCUCCUCCAAGAGCAACAUCAAGCUCGCCGACAUGCGUGACUCGGCGCUCUGCGACCGGCACGCCAAAUGUCUAGGCUUCGAGGAAGAGGAGGACCCGUCCCAGCGGUCGUUCUUCUCCGAGAUCAUCUCGUCGAUAUCGGACGUCAAGUUCAGCCGCGACGGGCGGUACAUCCUCUCGCGCGACUAUCUGUCGCUCAAGAUAUGGGACAUCAACAUGGAGAGCCGGCCCCUCAAGACGAUCCCGAUCCACGACCAUCUCCGUGGGAAGCUGUGCGAUCUGUACGAGAACGAUUGUAUCUUUGACAAGUUCGAGUGUGUUUGGAGUGGCGAUGACAAGCAUGUGUUGACGGGCUCAUACCACAACUUCUUCCGGAUCUUUGACGCCGAGACGACCAACGAUGUCGUUCUCCAGGCGGACAAGUCCGCGUUCAAGGCCAAGAAGGUUGGCGGUCCGCUGCAGGCGAAUAAGAAUGGGCUGAAGAACGGGCGGCCGGGCGGGUUGCGGGACCAGAUGCAGAUGGAGACGCUCGACUUUAACAAAAAGAUUUUGCACGCGAGCUGGCAUCCGAGGGAGAACACGAUCGCUAUUGCGGCAACAAACAAUUUGUUCCUGUACAGCGCGGCAUGAUCUGGUUCCUUCGACGACGUCGACGCCCCCCGUCUCCCCAUCCCACCACACGACUUUUGCAUCGCAUCCAUCACACUCACCCUAACUCACCCCAUCAUCCAUCCGUCCAUUCAACCAUCCAUCCGUUCCGCAUCACAACAUCAGGCAGGGGCGGGGGCGCAGGGCAAGGCAAGGCAUGGCGUGCGCCGAGGUGACGCGCGCAAGGCAGACAGAAAGACAGACAGACAGGCGGCAAAUUUUCCCUCAUUCUUCUACGCUACUACUCACAUCACUACGGUACCUACCUCCACCCGCUCGCUUACUGUCUUCAAUGUCCAGCCCAGUGCCCGUUCACUCACUCUCGCGGUCUGAUGACGGACGAUGAUGAUGAUGAUGACGAAACGAACGAUUUUCCUCCUUCCUUUCUCGCCCCCACACCACACCACCGCGUCGCUUCACUUCACAGUGCACCCUGUCGGUCGUUCCAGUGUUCUGCGCUUUGCUUACACUAUACCAAACUUGCGGCUUGCUGUCUUUCGCUUUUUUCUGUCUCAAAAAAUCAGCUUUAUUUUCUUCCUUUCUCACUCGUCGCUCGUCGGUUCAUCGGCCAUCAUCCAUUCAUUACCGCGCUGGUAACUCGCUCGCAUCCAUGUCCGCGUUCACCAGUGCAGAAUGGUGCGUUCAACGUCGUUGUCCAUUGUCAAGUCCGCCUGCCCUCAAGCCUGUACGCCAGCCUGCCCGCCUGCCCUCUCCGUCCCCAUCGCCUGCCUGCCUGGCAAUUUCCGCUUUCCCGUCCGCUUUCCCUGCCGUCGUCCCCGCCACUUCCCUGCCAUUCAUACCCUGGUGAUAUCGUUCUCGAUCCCAAGAAAUAAAAAUAAAGAAAAAAUAUCGCAAGGUUAUUGUAUAGAUUCCCACCAUUGAUCCCCUCAAGCUCAAACGUCGACGGCGAAGAAGGAAUCAAAAGCUGCAGAAGAGGGGAAGAGGAAGAAGAGAAGAAGAAGAAGAAGAAGGAAAAGGAAAGGAAGUAGACGAAGCAGUAAAAAGAAGUGAGAAGAAGUGAGAAGUGAGAAGUGAGAAGCAAGUAAGAAGUAACCAACACAGUACAACACCGCAUCGCAAUCGAUAAAGUAAUAUCAUUCCCCC